UUAAGGUUAUCGAUAACAAAACAACAAAGGUUAUCAUUUUUUCUAUCACAUGAUAAAUAACUUAGAAAUAGCAAUUAAUAUCGUGAUCAUCCGAAUUUUAUUAAACGCUCAUUUAAUAUUGUGAUAGUAUGAGCGGACCAUCGUUUAUCAAAUCCACCAAAGGCAAGGUUAUUCUUGCCACCGUUGCUGCGCUUCACAUCACGAUUUAUCUCGCAAAACCUUCAUUUUUUAAGGGCCAAGAAGGCGAAAAGCCACAGAAUAUCGCUCCUAAAUACUUGCCAGACAAUUGAUCGGCCUUGAGUGGACGAGUAAGAAACAAAACCCGGAAAGUGUUUUGUACCGGUUGUAUUGAUUCAUGUUUUAUAAAAGCAUUGUGACUGUUUCAUCGAGACUGUCGCGCGGUAUAUUCUUGAGAAACAUGAGUUCCGAACAUAAAGUUUAUGUGACCCGCUCUGACAUGCCAGAGUGUGGAGUGCAGUUACUACAGAAAGAAUGUAUAGUCAAUAUGUGGAAUAAGCCAUCACCUGUACCAAGGGAAGACUUCUUAAAAAAUGUAGUGGGUUCCAAUGGAAUAUAUUGUUCUCUGACUGACAAGAUUGACAAGGCGGUGUUGGAUGCCGCUGGGCCUGGUCUGAAGGUAGUGGCAACAAUCUCAGUGGGCUAUGAUCACAUUGAUGUACAGGAGUGCAAGAAGAGAGGCAUUAGGAUUGGCUACACUCCUGAUGUGCUGACGGAUGCCACUGCAGAACUAACAUUGGCACUUCUUCUAUCAACAUCUCGGCGUCUUCCCGAAGCUAUCCAUGAAGCAAAAUCUGGCGGUUGGGUGUCCUGGGCACCCACUUGGAUGACAGGACCUGGCCUUGCCGAUGCCACUGUCGGCAUCGUCGGUUAUGGCAGAAUCGGACAAGCUGUCGCUCGAAGAGUCAAAGCAUUCAACACAGCCAGGAUUUUAUACUUCAACCGCAGUGAAAGACCAGAGGCCAAAGAAGUAGGAGCUAUCAAAGUAAGCUUUGAUGAAAUCCUGGCACAGAGCGACUUCAUUAUAUGCUGUGCUGCUCUCGUACCAGAGACUAAGGAAAUUUUCAAUAAAUCCGCCUUUGAAAAGAUGAAGAAAACUGCUAUCUUUAUUAACACAAGCCGUGGAGGCACUGUCGAUCAAAAUGCACUUAUCGAAGCUUUAAAAAGUAACACAAUAAGAGCUGCUGGGUUGGAUGUGACGACUCCGGAGCCAUUACCUCUGGAUAGUCCACUGUUUAAACUGAAGAACUGCGUAGUACUUCCUCAUAUUGGAAGUGCUUCUAUAGAAGCUAGGAAUACUAUGAGUGAUCUGACUGCAAGGAAUAUAUUAGCUGCUCUGAAAGGCACUGAAAUGCCAGCAGAAUUAAAGUAAAUUAAACAACUUUAUAUGUAUAUAAGAGAAAUUAUUGUUAUACAUAUGUAUAUUUUGUAGGUAAUAAAUUUUAUUGUGUGCAAAUCUAACAUACAAAAUUGAAAAUUUGUUUAAAAUACAUGGAUUUGCAAAUACAAACAAAGCCAUAGCA